UCAUGACUGCUUCUCCAUGAGCGGACAGUAACAGGUACUCAUACAGGGAAAUAAAGUAUCUUUCUAGGCGGAUUUCUGCAGAUCGGGUUUAAAAUCAUCAGUAAAUAAUGACAGAGGAGCGGGAUAAGAGCAGCGUGGAGCCGCCGUGCAGUCCGGCCGGUUCGUGCAGCUCGCUGUCGCAGGAAGAGUCGGAAUCUGACGCGCCGUCAUCUGCUGGAUCGGACGGACACGCGUCGCUCAUGAUGACAGGGCUGGGGAAGAAACUGGAGGAUGAGGACGAGCGCUUCCCAGCGUGUAUUCGGGACGCGGUGUCGCAAGUUCUGAAGGGGUAUGACUGGUCCCUUGUGCCCAUGCCAGCACGAGGCAGCGGCGCGAUGAAGAGCAAACCGCACGUGAAGAGACCCAUGAACGCGUUUAUGGUUUGGGCUCAAGCCGCGCGGAGGAAACUUGCGGAUCAGUAUCCCCAUCUGCACAACGCCGAACUCAGCAAAACCCUCGGGAAACUCUGGAGACUGUUAACGGAGAAUGAGAAGAGACCAUUUGUGGAGGAAGCCGAGAGACUCAGAGUCCAACACAAGAAAGAUCAUCCGGAUUAUAAAUACCAGCCGAGAAGACGGAAGAGUGUGAAAGCGGGUCAGAGCGAGUCGGAUGCAGGGCUGGAUCUCACCCAUCACAUGUAUAAAGCUGAACCUGGAAUGGGGGGUUUGGCAGGUUUAUCCGAUCAUCACUCCAGACACACUGGCCAGCCCCAUGGACCCCCGACACCCCCAACCACGCCUAAAACCGACCUUCAUCAUGGAGGAAAGCAAGAUUUAAAGCAUGAAGGACGACGUUUGCUCGACAGCAAUCGACAGAACAUCGAUUUCAGCAAUGUCGACAUUUCCGAACUCAGUACGGAUGUCAUCAGCAAUAUGGAGACCUUUGAUGUCCACGAGUUUGACCAGUACUUACCUCUCAGUGGUCAUGUUGGGGCAACGACGACCCCUAUGACCUCAGAGCACGGGCAGAGCAGCAGCUCGGGAGGGGCGUACGCUACAUCCUAUGACCAACUGGCGAGCAACGGUCCUGCCUGGAGUCGCAAAGGAGCUGCGACUUCCUCGUCGCCCAGCACGAGCGAAGCAGGUCAGCACAGACCGCACAUUAAAACCGAGCAGUUGAGCCCAACUCGUUACAGCGAGCGAUCACCCUCGCACUCUGAGUAUAGUGCAUAUAGUGGUCAGCCAUGUGUCCCCUCAGCCGCCUCGUUCUCCAGUACGCAGUGCGACUAUACAGACCUUCAGAGCUCCAACUACUACAGCCCAUAUCCCAGCUACCCGUCUGGCCUGUACCAGUACCCGUACUUCCAUUCCUCCCGACGGCCGUACGGAAGCCCCAUACUGAACAGCUUGUCCAUUCCUCCACCUCACAGUCCCACCACUACCUGGGAUCAGUCGGUUUACACCACGUUAUCAAGGCCAUGAGGCUGGACCGGAACUGUGUUCCUUACUCUGAUGCACUAAUGAAGGACAGCGUUGGCUGAGAAAGUGUGCCAACUGUCUAAACACAAAGAAAUGAGUGCCUGUUGAUUUUUAUAUAUUGUGCCACCAUAGAUCAUCCACAAAACUGGUCCAAAAUUCUAAGAGCACAUUGAAAAUCUGGGAUUAUUUUGGUCUUUUAAAGCAGGAAAUAAACCAAAAGUUUUAAGAUUUUGCCAAAGUUAAAUCCAAGAGAUGAAAUAUAUUUUAGAUUCUGCACUUUUUUUAUUAAAGCAAAUUUGUAAAGCAAAGAUGAUCUUUGGAAUAUUCUCAAAUCAUGCUGAGAAGUUCUUGUAAAUUCAUUUGUAAUUCAAAUUUAGCAUUGAAUUUAGUCUCAGACUUUUGGACCCCACUUGUACAUCUAAUCCUUGACCAUCGGUGCUGAACAGGAUGUAUUAGUGCCUGCACAACCAGUGGAAAUCCUCUGUGAGGAACACCUGUCACCGCAGCCCAUAUCCAGAACCACAUGUGUGCUUUCACUCUUUGUGAUUCCACAGAAUUGGACUGGAGAGGAAUAAAGUGCAGACGGGGAAACAUAGACACACACGUGUACUGGAACUGAUCAAAUGCUUUCAGAAUCUGAUGGAAGCAUUUGUCAACUGCGAAACCUCUCUGGUGAAUUCAUUUUUGACCCAAAUGUCUUUUUAAUGAAAAAUUCCAUGUAUAUUUAUGUUAUGUUUUGUCAUUUUUUUUCUGUUUAUGGUACAAAAGUUUGUUUUAACAGUUAAAAAUGGUGGAGGGAUAAAAUAAUUCCAGAACAGUCAGCUGUAUUGCGCUGACUGAACAAUCAUUGAUUUUAAAGCAUUCCUGGAAAAAUAUAAAUCACUUUUCCAUUCCUUGUUUUUUUUUUUUUUUACAAAAGCAGAAGCCAACUGAGGGAAAGAAAAUGUCACGUGAAGCAACAGGUGUGUGUGUUUGGCACACUGACAGAAGUAAGAUUAGUCAGGAUGUUGCUGCUCUGCUGUGAGUGACGCGUCAGCUGCAACACAACCUUUUUCUCAGUGGUCACUCAAUUUCAUUUAAACGAAACUAUUCAUUUGCAGUAAGGUCAGUUUGUAAUCAUUAUCAUCCGUUGCCUUCACAUGCUUAUUGCCAUUGUGAAGAAAAUUAUUUCUACAUUCAUACAGCAUUCAGUUUUUAACACCGCUUCAAAAUGCCUUUUGUCAAACUUGUCAUUUCUAGAGUGUGGUUUUACUGUAUAUUAAAUGUUUUGACUGUGAACACACAAAACAAUGUUUUCUGUACAUUUUCUUUUACCUGGUGUAUCAUUUUAAAAUGACAUAGAUGUGAAUCUUCACUUUAUGUUAAGAAGUAUUUACAAUAUGCUAACAUUAAAUGCUGGUGAUAUGUUUUUUUCCCCUAACAAAUGUCUGUCUCCACUUCUUUCAGAAGCUAAUGCCUAUUAAUAUUUUCAAAUGUUUUAAAGAUUAUAGACA